GUGGGGGGGACGGGAGGGGGGGGACAAGGAAAGGGUUGGGCUUACCGAGUCACAUAUCACAACUUGAGUUGCGUCUUGGUCAUAAACCAAUUUGGUGGGGGUGAAAAAGGAGCCUCAUGUGUGGCCACCUACAGAGCCGCAAAAGAAAGACUUGCCCGUGCGUCCGCCGCCGCUGUGUGUACGCAUCGCCACGGAAGCAUCGGGAGACGAGCACGUUUGCUUUUGCGCUUUUGGACUGGACCGGUUUGGUUUCGCUGGGAAAUGAUGGCCACUUACCAAAACCCGGACGAUGACGCGGUGGCAUUGAUGAUCCACGAUAGCAACACCGCGAAGGAGAAAGAGCGACCCAAAGAAGAGCCGGUCCAGGAAAAGGUCGCGGAGAAGGCGGAUCCGUCUCAGAAGCCUCCGUACUCCUAUGUGGCCCUCAUCGCCAUGGCCAUCCGGGAGAGCUCCGAGAAGCGUCUCACCCUUUCUGGUAUUUACCAGUACAUCAUCAGCAAAUUUCCAUUCUAUGAGAAAAACAAAAAGGGCUGGCAGAACAGCAUCCGGCACAACCUGAGUCUCAACGAAUGCUUCAUCAAAGUUCCUCGAGAGGGCGGCGGGGAAAGGAAGGGCAACUACUGGACUCUCGACCCGGCUUGCGAGGACAUGUUCGAGAAGGGCAACUACCGGAGGCGCCGCCGGAUGAAGCGACCCUUCAGGCCGCCGCCCACGCACUUCCAGCCGGGGAAGUCCUUGUUCGGAGGGGACGGAUACGGCUACCUGUCGCCACCCAAGUACCUGCAGUCCAGCUUCAUGAAUAACUCGUGGUCGCUGGGCCAACCGCCCACCCCGAUGCCAUACACUUCCUGUCAGAUGGCCGGCGGCAACGUGAGCCCGGUCAAGGCUCUGUCCGCCCCCGCCUCCUACAACCCCUACUCGCGGGUGCAGAGCAUGGCGCUCCCGGCUAUGGUGAACUCUUACAACGGCAUGAGCCACCAUCACCACCCGGCCCACCCGCACCACUCUCAGCAGCUGAGCCCAGCCACCGCCACGCCGCCCCCGGUCUCGUCCGGUAACGGAGCCGGGCUUCAGUUCGCUUGCUCCCGCCAGCCGGCGGAGCUGUCUAUGAUGCACUGCUCGUACUGGGAACACGAGAGCAAACACUCGGCCUUGCAUACGAGGAUUGAUAUCUAAACGUAAGCCGUGUACAAAUGCGAAGUGACUCUUCGGAGAGAUACCUGGUGUCGUUUCCUGUGAUUUUGAUCGUGAUGGGUUUUUUUUUUUUUUUUUUUUUGGACACCGAGUUUGGUUGCAGCCAGUGGAGGUGCCGAUGUUGAGAAACCGGAGUCCGGGUGUAAACGGGGUCGCCAGGGCGCAUCAGGUAGCGCAACAUUUGUAAUUGGACUGCCUGUGUAUGAUUUUGUUAUGUCAACUCAUUUAUAUUUCGACCGGGAAAUGAUUGUGGAACUGUGACAAGGCGUACGUCUCAACUUUACGCGCGGCUUGACCAACAUCCAAGCAAAAAUCUAGAAUCGAAUCUCAACUUCAGCCUUCUAAAAACCGAACCGGCCGUUCAUGGUUGUAAGUCUUUCGUUCAAACAAUGAUUCAUUGUCCCUUAGACAAUUCAGGGUGUUCCAUGUUUUCUCUUGUCACCCCCACCCCCUCCGUCCCUCAAUAUUAAUUUCCAAUUACGUGAAAUAGGCCAGGAGCAGGUUUUGCAUUAUCUUUUUUUAAUAAACGUGAUACUGUAUAUUGUUACAUUCAUCUUGGGACCAUGUUUAAUUUUAAUUAGCACUUUUCCAUAUUUUCUAGAUUUGUGAAUUGUUUUAAUAAACAUGUGUUUGAUAAAAUAUGGUCAGUGUUCUUGCAGCAAUCUCUUUUAAACAUUAGACAAUGGCGGCCACAUUAGGUGAUAAAACCUUUACAACUGCACCAGAAUUUAAAAAAAAAACAGCUCAACUUGAACUUUACGAAAUCCGCGCAAAAUGACUCUAAAUGAUUAUUGAUUAUAAUUUGCAGAUAAGCUUUAUGGUCUUUAACUUCAGAUUUUUCUAUAAUAAAAUAAUAACACUGGCACAUUAACAAUAUAAAUAUUUUGUGUUUAUUUUUAAGUCUUUAAAAAUGCUCAUGGUUUGUUCACAUUUUCAGCUUGAUACUUAGUAAUAGUACCGGGGAAAAUUUUUAAUUUGAACUCAUAAAACAUCAGCUUCAUUUUUUUUCUCCGCGGAUAAAAUUAGAUUAAAGGCAAAAUGAAUAUAUUACUGUGC